AUAUACUCCAAUGUCUUGAUGAAGAUUUUGAUAGCAUUCUAGAAUUUAUAUAUAAUAUUAAAAAAGAAAAUAAGUCAGAACCUCCAAAAUUUAAUAAACAGCCUAUUGAAUUUAUUAAUAGCUUAGAUGAUAAUGAAAAAGAUGAUAUAAUAAAAUUGCUAAAAAUAUGA